AUGUACAGAAGACGACUUGCCAGUCAGAAUACUCUGGAUUCUGCCAGGCUCAAAAAACCUCUCGUGAAACGUCCUAAGCUCGCUGAGUCUCUCCAAAAUGGGACUUCCGGAUAUCUGAAGUUCCUAGUGAUGUGGCUCAUUGUCAUUGCCCUGGAUUUGGCUCUAGACUUCAGACUGGUUCUUUGGCCCUGUUGGAUGUUCUUGAAGCGCAUCUUUGAAAGCUUCAAAUACAAGAAUUGCGUAAGUUUCAGUGUACAGACCUUCGUUGUUUUGGUAACUCUGACCAAACACUAUUUUAUUUAUGCCUUUAUCCCUUCAUCGUGGAUAUUUUUUGUUGCCAGCACUUACGUUUGGACUCAGCAGCUAUUUACUCCAGAGCGAGGAGUUGGAUUACCAGUACUAAUCCUAUGGAUGGUAUUUGUGUACAUCGAGUCUUGUGUGAGAGUCACGCAGCCUGAUGACCAUUGGUCCAGAGUUAUGGGCUCCAACUGUAUCGGGUACCCUAUCGUCAUGCUCGGAUUCGGCUUUAAGAGCUGUCUAACCCUGCAGUGGACGGAGAAGUGCAGACAGUUGAUAUCGUAUAAGAACGACUUCUUUUACCGAUUAAUAAGUACUCACGCGGAGUCGCAGAACCUUUAUCAUGCUCCGGUCAGAGCCUUUAAACGGACCAAUCUUCUCAAGCUCAGAUAUAAAAUGCGAUACAGCGGGGCCACAUUCCAGAAAGUGGAAGAUGUACCCCUGUCAGAAGAGUGUGUAAAAAACACACAAGUUAACGGUCUUCUCUCGUCCAUGAACGAUAAAUCUUCUUCGUACGAUGAGAUAAUCGCUGGUUGUGGGGCGGAGGAAGUGUCACCGUUGACGGGCAGAUCUGGAAACUUCAACACUCGCUCCACAAGAACCUUCUCGGACAUUGCGUUGAUCCAAACGAGGACUUCUGGACGUACGAGGAGGAAAGCGACUCGUCGGUCUCUACAGUCCCGGAACCGGCUCCCAAUCCAGGGAAAUCUGGUACUACCAAGGAGCAACCUAGUAACACGGGCCACAAGCGCAGCAAUAAUAUUCUCUCUAAAAUGUUCGAUUUUCAACGGUAAGAACAGCUCCAUGGACAAACCGUCUGCCAAGGUAUCCCCGGUGAUGGACAAGAUUCAGGAACCAGUUAAAGAAGCCCGAGUAUCACCCAUCAAAAAAGAAAAAGUUGUCGAGGAUGUCUCUUUUAAGCAAGUGAAGGCAGAUAAAAAGUCUAAGAGAAAUGGUCAUGUGAAACGCCAAGAGUUCUCAAAUGGUCACGAAGAUCACCAUCACACCGCCGUCAAAAUUCAUUUAGAUAAACUGAAGGAUAUCGACGAUGAUCUUUAUUUCAUUCUACAAAACCAUUUGGACACUUGCCAGAAUUCUCUCCGUGAGGAAAAAUUAUCAAGGUUGAGAUCUGAACAACUCCACGAAACUCUCGAAGACGAGCUGAAAAAGGUACAGUCGGAUUUGCAAAACUCUAAGAACAAUGAGAAGAGCAAAGAUGACAAGGUGCACAAUUUGGUGAAUGCAAAUAAGACUCUCAGAUCUGAUUACGAUAAACAGCGACAAGAACUUUCUAAACUGCACGAUACCAAGCCAGCUGACACAAGAGAUCGAGCUAUUGGUUGUGAUAUUCUUCCAAAAGAGGCUGAUCAUUCCAAAUGUAAAGAAUCUGUAAAGAGUAACGAGACAAUAAUCUCUGAUCUCAAAAAGCAGAUUGAUAACCACACUAAGAAUCUUAAAAACGAGCAGAACAUCCUUAAAAAUAUUCAGGCACAAGAGAGCGAGACCCUGUUGCGAGCUCAGCGUGAAAACGAGGAACUCAGAAAACAGAACACGAUCCUCACCAGCCGACAAGAGUCUAUCAUCAGGAACCUUCGUGCUGAAACCAAAGUCAAGAUGGAGCUAUUCUCUGCUUUAGGUGACGCACGGAGACAAGCUGAAGAACUUAACCACAAGCUGGAGCAAAGGUGCCGUGAAAACGACAUGUUGAAACAAAGAGUUGCUGAGGCUAUGGCUGUUUCCUCCUUCCCAACCUCUAGUUUCAGUGUGCCGACUACUACCACCGCCGCCGAUACCUUUUACAGCGCCAACGGAUUUUAAACAGAAGAUGUUAGCUGAGCUUGUAUGGUUAACCAAUGAAUAAGCUGCUAGUGACCCUUAUGUACCUACCACGUGAUGUUUAAUGUUGUGUCC